AUGAUCACCAUCCCAACUCAAAAUCCGUACGAUUUCCGCCAAGUGUGCGAGGUGGACGUGUGUGACGGUCUUGGCGGACCGAAAACGACUCGGUUUUUGAACCAACCGUGGGUGCAGCAGCAACUCCACGUCCACAAACCGUACGCGAUGAGCAACGCGACGGUCCUGGAGGACUUCGCCGUUGACGAAGAAAAGAACGCCGUGCACUUUGUCGCGAGUGUCCUCGCCCGGGGGUUGCGGGUGCUGAUCUACGCCGGGGACGCUGAUCUCAUUUGCGACUGGAAGGGGGACGAUGCGUGGACAAGGAAGCUCCAGUGCUCGGGCCACGAUGGCUUCAAUGCCGCGAGCGUGACGCCAUUCUUGGUCAAUGAUAUCGUAGCUGGAACCGUCCGAGCUGCGAAUGAGCAUACCUUUGUGCGAGUGUUCAACUCGGGCCAUUGCGUGCCACGAGACCAACCGGCGGUGUCGGCCACCCUCAUCAAUCGAUUCCUCCAGAAUGAAACGCUGUAG